CACCGAACGUAUACCCAUAAGCUUUGCGGUGUAGUUCGCUGCAGCUACUCAUUCUAGGGCGCUCUGUUGGGGCAUAUACUGUUCUACUUUCUCUUCUACAGGUGUUCUUCGUCGACUUUGGCAGGCUACAGCUUUGACUGACACUGAAUAUUCAUGUUCUCCGCACAGGAUGCGAAGGAAGUGUUCCAACUCCUGUCGCUGGAGGGCGACCUGAGCAAUCCUCUGAUACUGUCCAAGAGCGGUGAUGGCUUCGUGACGCGCAAUUAUACUCGCCGAGCAUUUGAAAACCUCGUCACACAUGUCCAUGGCGGGUCAAGAACAACAACGUUGAAGCUGGCACUGGAUCUGGACGUGAGUGAAGAGACUGUUCGUCAUCUUGCGGAAGAGAACGACGGCACGCUGCUUCUGCGGAGCGGCGAUGGCCGCCAGAUCAUCACCAAAACGCAGCGGGAUGCUAUCGACCAAGAUCUUGAGGCUGGUGUUGUCUAUGGCCUUGUGUCGAAAGAAGAAUUUGCACGCAAACACGACCUUUCGUACAGCAGCCUGGACCUCCUCAUUGACAUGUCGGAAAUUCACAUACUUGAAGUAGAGGGCUACCUGUACAGCACCUCAUACGACAUGACUGCAACCGGAGCUAUCGCGAACUUGCUUCGAGAACACAUCGAAGACUUGGAAAUCCUCGACUUGGUACCGACGUGUGUUCCCGGAAACCCGCCGACUUGGUUCAUACAUCGCACUGUUGAUGGCCUACUGGAGGACCCGGAGUUUGCUGGGAAGAUCCAUAUUCAUGACCUAUCAAGUGGCAUUCGUUGCACUCCCGUGCAGCUCAUCAAGCAAAACCACGACGACAUCAUCGAAAGUUUGCAGUCAGGAAAGAUUGCCUACAUCGAUCUCCACGCAUUCCAGAGAGAUAACCCCACCAUUUACGCGACUGUGGAGGAGACCGAGAAGCACUUGGACAAUACCCAGGGCGUUGAGUUAGUCGAAGCUUUCGCGAUUUCAGAUGCGUGGAUCUCGAAGUUCAGUCAAGAAUGUGUAUCAAGCAUGGCUCGUGACGGGGACAUAGAUUUUGGGCAGCCCGUCAUAGCUAACUUCCCUGACAGCAUCUAUCACUUUAUCCUGGACAAGGUCGAACAAGCUAUACGCGCCUUGUCCCCAGGCACACAUCGUGCUGGUGAGACCUUGCUGAGCGAGGACAGCUUCUCCCGACACCGUAACAUCCUUCUUGAUCUUGUCAGGGCCGAUGCCGCUUCUCAAUGGCAGCGACGCAAAGAGGACCCUACGAUGGACGACAAAUAUUCGCUAUCCAACACUUUCUAUCAAAUCCUAGAUGACAAUCCAGUGUUGCAAAACUUGAUCAAGGAGAGAGCGUUAGAGCGAGAGUUUGACGAUGCAUUCUCCGCAAGGAUAUCUGAGCUCGAAAACCAGAACGAAGCCGACUUCGCAGACUUUUGGACAGAUCGCAUCGUCACGCGCGUUGCGAUCUACUCAGAAGGACUUGCCACAAUUGAAGACUCAAAGUUACAGGACCAACUGUCCGAGCUGCUGGCCCAAUACAUACAGAAAGACCUUGUCCCAGACGCACUGUCGAAAGCUACGUGCCAAGGGCUUGUGGCGAGCCGUAAAACUCGCAAGAACGUCCACAGAUUGGAGUCUGUUCUCAGCACUGGUAGGACGGAUGUAUCUGCUCUGAUGGCAUCUCUGGACAGAUUCAACAAGAAGCAAUCGAUUGACGCGCCUGCAUCCUCAGCCUUGGAGUCGUCUAAAGCAGCGAUGCUCGGCGACAUGGCACGGAGAAUGCAGAAGCAGAGAAAGUCUGACGGUCCCCUGCUGUUUUUGACACUGGUCGUCUUUCUCUUCGCUAAACACAACGCUGGUGUUGUCUAUGCAACAGGCAAAUUCGCACCCAAGCUGCUGAGACAUCUUAAGCCUAUGCUGAAAGCAGGACAGUACGCACAGCUGGAAGCUUGGAAAGAAGCUGCGAGAGCCGGCACCCUGAGCGCGGAGGAUAGAGACGGCAUGAAGAUGAUGGUGGAGGCAGGAGUCUAAAUGUGACAAAUGACUUUCGAAGAUACCACACCUUAUGAAGAUACGGACUGCAAAAUGAACAACCUCUGCCACAUACGCG